UUAUUUUUAUAAACCGGUAAUACCUAUUGUAAUUUUUCACGCUUUUAGGAGAACGGUAAUGGCAUUGGGUUGUAAAGCUAACAUUUCAGCUACGAGUGAAACCCUCAAGUAUUUGGAGACAUAAUUUUUAUUUUUUUCAGGUAAAGCUCAUCAGUGACUUGAAACAAACAGCUCUCAAAGGAAUUGGACACUUAAAUAAAGGCAAUGGUGAAAGAAAAGAAAAAAACAGACAAAAAAGUGGAUAAAUCUGCCCACUCUCCCUCAUCUCUCUCUGAUAAUCCGGAGCUUUCCAAGCCAGAUGGCAAUUCCACUAGACAAGUAGUAUCCCCAAUCAUUGUCCCACAAUUGGGGCUAAGUGAACCAGGAUCCAAAAGGGAGUCCAGAAAUGAGAAUCAGCCGUUAGAAGAUGCCCUUCAAUAUGAAGACCCCAUUCUGACCAACCUCAUCAUUGAAAGCUAUGAAGGGGAAAAAGUCCAUGGACUGUACCAGGGAGAAGGCUUUGCAGUCUUCCAGGGAGGCUGCACCUACCGCGGUAUGUUUUCAGAAGGACUCAUGCAUGGACAAGGGACUUACAUUUGGGCCGAUGGAGUGAAAUAUGAGGGGGAAUUUGUGAAGAACAUCCCCAUGAACCGGGGCGUGUACACGUGGCCGGAUGGCAGCACCUACGAGGGAGAAGUGAUCAACGGCAUGCGGAACGGCUUUGGUGUGUUCAAGUGCAGCACGCAGCCCGUGUCCUACAUCGGCCACUGGUGCCAGGGCAAAAGGCACGGGAAGGGCUCCAUUUAUUACAAUGAAGAGGGUACCUCGUGCUACGAGGGGGACUGGGUUCACAACAUCAAGAAGGGCUGGGGGAUAAGACGUUAUAAAUCUGGAAAUAUGUACGAAGGGCAGUGGGAAAACAACAUGCGCCAUGGGGAAGGCACGAUGAAAUGGCUGACAACUAACGAAGAGUACAGUGGUCAGUGGGAGAAUGGCGUCCAGAAUGGUUUAGGGACACACACAUGGUUUCUAAAGAGAGUCCCCAACACCCAGUAUCCUUUGAGAAACGAAUACAGAGGGAACUUUGUAGAUGGGUGUCGUCAUGGCCACGGGAAGUUUUACUACGCCAGCGGAGCCAUAUAUGAGGGGGAGUGGGUUUCCAAUAAAAAACAUGGCAUGGGCCAGUUAACUUUCAAGAAUGGACGCGUGUAUACUGGCCCUUUCUCCAGUGACCACAUAGCGGAGUUUCUAAGUCUCGACGACGAAUUAGUACAUUACCAAGCCCCGUCUGCCGUGUCUGUCCUUGGGAGCCAGUGUGAAGGGUCUUCCAGUGCCGAGAUUAUCAGAAGGCUUAACGGCAGUGAAAGUAAGUCAGCGCUAGGCUCGAGCAUCGAGCUGGACCUAAUUUUGUUGCUAAACAUGUACCCUAAGAGAGAGCAACCGGAGGAAAAGAAGCAGGUAGAAUAUGCUAUCUUAAGAAAUAUUACAGAAUUAAGGAGAAUUUACACCUUCUACAGCAGACUAGGAUGUGAGCAGUCCCCGGAUAACACCUUUCUGAUGACGAAGCUUCAGUUCUGGAGGUUUCUAAAGGAUUGCAAAUUUCACCACCAUAAAAUAACUCUCGCCGAUAUGGACAGGGUAAUAAGUGAAUACAGCGGCAUACCAGUUGAAGAGAUUCAUUCUCCAUUUACAAAAAUACUUUUGAGAAUAUUUCUGACCUAUCUCCUGCAGCUGGCUUACCACAUUCAUCACAAAGAAUACCAACACAGAAGCCCCUCGCUCUUUCUGUGUUUCACAAAACUGAUGACAGAGAACAUUCAUCCCAACGCCUGCUGUGUAAAAGGCAGUUUAUUCAGUGGGCAACAGCGGUCCCUCUACUCGAUGAAUUACAUCGACAUGUGCUGGGAGAUUUACCUGGCGUACUGCAGGCCGAGCACAGCGCCGCCCCACGAGCCCACCAUGACGAUGAGGCACUUCCUCUGGAUGCUCAAAGACUUUAAAAUGAUAAAUAAGGAAUUAACAUCAACCAAAUUUGUGGAGGUCAUAGCGGAAGACAAUCCUUCCAUGUCUGAUGGAAUUGACAGCAACUUGGAACUUGAGCUCGUGUUCCUGGAAUUCUUUGAGGCUCUCUUGAGCUUCGCAUCCAUCUCUGUUACUGACCAAAUGACCAAAUCCCAUGUCAGUGUCCUAUGCGAUGACUUCACUGGAAACAGAGCUGGGAUCUCGUAUCUGCCAACAGAUACGGUAGAAUUUGGAGCAAGGGGUGGUUUCAUUCUGGAAUGGGUCACCACCCUCAAAACUAUCCUGGGCUUUUGGCUGUGCCUUGGGCUCCUCGUGUGCCAGCAGUUUAACUUCAGCACUUCACAGUUCCCCCCCUGUGGCCAGGCUUGCUUCUUCCAGGUUGAAGGGUGCCCUUCACGUGUAUGUGUGUGUAUGUCCGUCUCCAUGGAAGCCAGAAGUUCUCAUGGUUGUCCUUACUCUGACCAUCAGAACAGGAGCCUGAGCGCAGCGCCGAUCCAGGAGUCUGAUGUGCACUUGGUCAACACCAUGUUGUCUUCAACCAAGUUAGCGCUCUUGCUCGAUUUCAGCAAAAUCCAGAUAACAGAGCCCAAGUUCAGGAAGUCACUAAGUGAUGACAGAAUUUCCAAAAUGACUAUUAAAUCUCCAGGAAAAGGGCUAACCUUUUCAUUACCUCCUUCUGAGAGAAAAAAAGGCAAGGACGAACAAUGCGAAAACAUCAACAGGUGGAUCAACUGUAUGUGUACCUUUUUUGUGAACACGUUCUUCCAAGCAUACAGACAUGAAGAAACUCUCAAGGAGAAAAUAAAGGAAAAUACAUUACAUUACACAGCCAUGGCCAAGCGGAGGAAGACAGAAAACGACGAGCUGGAAGCAAGGCUUCUGAUGUUGGAGUUGAAAGAGGAAGAGGUCAAAAAACAAGACCACCACAUGGUCGACAUCACUGUGAUCAAGGAACCGGUGGACAUCCCAUCCCUGCAUGUAAUGCUGGGCCUCCCGAAAGAGGCCCAGGUAUUGGGCCUGUCCAAAUCCUUCAUAAGUAAGAAGAAGAAAAAAUAGAGGCGACCGGGUUUGUCAACGAGCCACAGGAACCAGCAGAUGUGAAAGCAGGUUAGACCAAAGCACUGCAGUGCAUUUCCUGACCAAUACAGUUGUGUUUCACUUCC